AUGCGUCAGCUACGCAUCCGCGACCCGAUGGACCUGAACGAAUUCAUAUACUGCACCGCUGAUACCGACACGGAGGUGAAAGCGCUAAUUGCCAAAGACCUGCUCAGCGAAGUAGCGGAAAAGGAAUUUUUGCUCACGACCCAAGAGAGCAAGGACUUUAAAGAUCUGGAGUUGACAAGAGAAGGUGUGACAAACACGCAUACAGAUAUCAGAGCCUAA